ACAAUGAGACCGCAAUGUAUUGAAUGGACUAAUUGAUUUCCUUUCAAAGUUACCAUUUGGAUUUUCAUUUUAAUUGUUUGCAAUGUGGAUGGGUUUCUGGUCACCAUUUGAUGCAACCUGGUAUGUGUUGUUUUUUUUUAGUGUCGGGCCUGAAAAUUUCUGAUUCUCUCAGUCAUCAAUGUCAAAAGCUGCGGUAUCUAGCCUGAAUGCCAAACUGCUUCUCUUGUCUCGUGGAGAUUUAGCACGCCAUCCAUCACGGCCAAAAUGUGACCCUAUGAUCAAAAGCGAACCAAGUGGAACCAUAAUUAAUCCAUUAAAACAUUUUCCAGUGUUACAAGUGAACUCUACAAGAAUGGACGCCCAACCGUCCUUUAUAAAGGAAAAGCUCCUUUUCAAUAUGAAUACAAGCUUGGAAUGCAUCUUUCCUCUGCUCACCAACUGCUCUCCAGGCAAGAACCACACAGAAGUGAAGACGGCCAUCCACAGAGCCACGCUGGCCACAUGCAUUCUUCUGCUGAUCCUGGUGUUCUGCCUGGGCUCCUAUGGGAAUCUCAUUGUCUUCUCGUCCUUCUUCAACCCAGCCUACAGGAAGUUUAGGACGCAUUUUGAUUUCAUGAUCCUGAACCUGUCGUUCUGUGACCUUUUCAUCUGCCUUGUGACCGCCCCCAUGUUUGGCUUUGUGAUGUUUUCCAACAAUGGGAAUAGCAUGUCGGACACUUUCUGCUUCACCUUCCACCUCACCAGUACAGGAUUUGUUAUCAUGUCACUGAAAACCGUGGCUGUUAUAGCCGUUCAUCGUCUGCGCAUGGUGUUGGGACAACAGACGAAUCAUUCCUCCUCGUUUCUCUGCAGACUCCUUUUUACUGUCAUACUGUGGAUCAUCAGCUUCACCUUGGCCACCUUAUCGGCCAUGACGAGGUACCACAGUUCCAGGAUCUGUGUCCCCUUGCUUGGGUUGAUCAACGAAGACGGCAAGGCCAUUUUGUACACCUACGUUGUCGACUUCACCCUUUGUGUGGGCAUUGUUGCAAUUUCUUACGCAAUGAUCGCCCAGACUCUGCACAAGAACGCACAGGUACACCGGUGCCCCAUAAUUACUGUGGUGGACCCCAAAAAGCCUGAUAGUUUUGUCCCUCCUGAAGGAUCAGGACCCUCUUUAUACAGGAAACAGAAAUCCAACAAAGCACCCCAUGUGCAGAUACACCUGCACGCCCAUGACCAAAGUAAAAAUGCUGCAGCAUCCAAUAAAAAGCUAGAACAAACUGUGAACCUAUCAGCUGUCAAAGAUUCCAAAGCAGUCGUGACUUGUAUCAUGAUACUACUAUCGGUGGUCUGCUGUCUACCACUGGGUAUUGCAUUGGUGCAUGAUGUCCUUUCUUCUGAAAAUAGUUUUAUCAUCUAUCAGUUUGAGCUCUGUGGGUUAACCUUGGUAUUCUUUAGGUCAGGCCUCAACCCAUUUAUCUAUUCUCGUAACAACUCGGGCCUCCGCAAGAAGGUGGCUUGGUGCACGCACCUCGUGAUGCUGCUGCUGUGCUGCAAGCAGAAAACGAGGUUGAAAGCGGUGGGAGAUGGCAGCCUGGUUGCAAACAGGAACAAGUCUUCUCACCAUGAUACCAACUCAGCAUACAUCCUCUCUCCCAAGCCGCAGAGAAAGCUAGUCGACCAGGCCUGUGGUCCGAGUAACUCAAAGGACGCCUUUGCCUCGGUAGAGCCCCAGCAAAAAGCACAAAGCUCCUCCACACCCAUUAACACUAGGAUAGAGCCUUAUUACAGUAUCUACAACACCAGUGCCCUUCAGGAGAACAGCACUCCUUCAAGCCUGCAGCCCAAGAGACAUGCCUUAGGGUCAGCUCAAUCCUAUACUGGAAUGUACUACCACAUCUCAAAAACAUCAGAUUUCAUGCAGGACUAUGACAGCAACUCUGCCAAACACAUUCCCAUUCCGUCUGUCUAAACCAAAAAUCAUUCUGCGGGAAUGGACAUCAUAUUGUUGGCAAGAAUGCUUUCCCUUGAGUAAUAUAAAGUAACGCCGCUGAUCACAGGGCACUGUACUGUUAAAAUAUCAAACAUAUAACAAUGAACACUGGUUAUACCUUCCUCUUAAGCCCAUCACCCCUACUGGGGCAUAGGCAGCUUGCCAGGAUACUCUGUCCCAGGCCAGUCCUUCAAGUUGACCCCAGGUGUAGCCCAUCUUCUUAGUGUCAGAACCUUCCUCUCCCAGGGACAAGGUCUCCGGAGCCUCUGUUGGUGUUUCUAGAGGGUUUUUACGGGAUAGGGGUUGGUAGCCCCAUGACCAACCCUCCUCCUUUUGCAGAUGGGCUCGGGACCAUCGACAGCGGGGUUGAUUUUUAUCCAACAAUCCAUAUAACGCUGAUUCAGCAUGGCUUUUGUACGUUUCCCUGCCAGGUGACAUGGAUAUAGGCUGCAAAUUGUAUAACUGUACACCAAAAUUGUCAAAAAAUCACAGGAUAUUGUUGGCAACAAAGUGACUGAUGAUGCAUUAAACAGGCUUACGGAAAGGAUGGAAUCCAUGCACCUGCUCCACAUAAAUGACAUCUCUAAUCUGCUUUUCAGGAUUCAGCUGAGAUGUUAGAUUGGUAUUGGCCUCCUUGGUUGAAAGAAGUUUCAAGGAGAUUUUGAUAGAGAUGCAUAAGAUUUACAAGGA